UCAACGAAUUAAAUGCAGCAAUUGCAGAAGAAAGGAAGAAAGUCCAACAAAUAGAAGAGCAAUGGAAUAUAAUAUCACCAGAAAUUGCUCCAUUUAUAGAGGAGAGUUUGCGACAUGAAUACUCUCAAGAAUAUAUAACGCCAGAAAUUUUAGAGGACAUUGGUAAAGGGAUUUGUCAGCUUUUACUGGAUAAAAAGUAUAAAGAAGCAGUUACACUGCUAAGAUAUACGAGUACACUACCCCUUGAAGAACAAGUGCCAUAUUUUUUGACUUCAUUUAAGAAUUACAUAUCUCUAGCACGUUUCGGAUAUGAAAGUGAUAACGAAAAAUUGGAUACCAUGAUGAAAAAAGUAGAGCUUCUUGAAGACUCUAUAGAAUUUUCAAAAGUUUUUACGAGAGCAGUACCAAAAAUUCUUGAUAUGUUGGAUUCCAAAACGAUAUUAGAUAUUUAUGAAGCUGUCGAUCUUUUAACGACUGGAUAUAUAUUUGGAGUGGAAGGUAUGGAAGUUGGCAUGCAAAAAAUGUUGUUGUUGGUGAAUUCAUCAGAGAAGGGAAAACGAGACUCUGUAUCUAAUGCAUAUAAGAAAGUUUUCUUCACGACAAACUUAACUGGAAGAGCUCGUGCUGUUAAAAUAAUUCAAAAUUUGUUACGUUUUAUUCAAACUAUUGAACAUGGUAAUUUUCCUACCUUGGAGUGUUUAAUUAAAAAAUGGGUAUCAACAGACGACAUGGAUGCUUUAAUUAUACAAGUUCUUUUUGAAAUGUUUACUAUGAAAAUUGAGGGAACAACAACUGAAGAGUCGAAUUUAGCUUUAGAAUUGCUUGUUGUGUGUUCUAGUUCAAAGGCCUCAAUUGCAUCAGCUAAUUUAAACAUUAUUGUAAUGGCUGGAUUUGGUGAACGCGGUAGGCGCAAUCCACGUUUAUAUGCUCAAUGCCUACAAUUUAUGAUGAAUUCGAUUGAUCAUAACGCAAACCCAAAGUAUUAUGAACGUUAUGAUUGUCAUAGUUCUAUAGUAACAAAUGUUUUCGAUAUGUUUAUGAAAUUCUUCUUUCAAACGCUUUUGCCCGAAUUUGAGCUUGUAGCUACAAAGACAUUUGAAUUCUUCUAUACUCUAUGUCAAAGACCACAUAUUCUUUGUCAAAAAAUGGUCGUUGAUUUGCUGGGAGACAUGCUGAAAACUAUUAAAAAGCCCACUGUAAGCUCUGCAUCGCCACCUUCAGCAUCUCAAUCAAUGAGUUCGCAACCUUUACUACCGAGUCAGAAGAAGGAAGAUGAAACCACGAAAGCUUUUCUAUUAACUCGUUUCCUAUACAUUAUUGGCUACAUAACUUCAAAGGAACUAAUAUUUAUUGAUGUUGAUGUUUAUAAUAGUAUGAAGCAUAUUCAGGAACUUGAGGGUUGUGAACUUAUCGAAAAGGAACGCAGUACUGCGGAACCACAGCAAGAACCUGACGAAGAUCUUGGUACUUCUGCAGACGCCAAUAUUGCAGACCUCAUUUAUGAAAUCUAUGAGGAAGGAUUGGUAAAUGACAAACAAAGUCUUUUAAGAGUCAUGAUUAAGCUGGUGCUACGAAUUAUAAAAAAUCCAACAAAAUUUCAAUCAGAACACCUUCAAUGUGCUGCAAUAUUGGCUUUAGUACGAUUUAUGUGUGUUUCAAGAAAAUUCUGCGACAGUUAUAUGCAACUCUUAAUUAAAAUAUUUAUUAAUUGCAAUAACACGAGCAUCAAAAGUAAUAUUAUAAUCAGCUUAUCUGACUUGACGCUUCAAUACCCACAGGAAAUGAAAGCAUGGAUAGGGCAUUUGUACCUAACGCUACAAGAAGAGAAUGAAGAGAUUCGUUUAAUAGCUGUCAAGAUCAUUACGAAGUUAAUUUUGCAAGAAAUGAUUCCUAUCCAGGGAAAGAUGUUAAAGCUAUUAGCAACAUGCAUUAUCGAUCCAAGCGUGGAUAUUAAAAAUAUGACAUGUCAGUUCUUUAAAGAAUUAUCCACCAAAUCAAAUAUACUGUGGGACAUCUUACCCGAAAUUAUAUCUAACUUGGCUGAUACUGAUGUCAAUACUAGCUUACCUAAGGAAAAGCGUCGAACUAUAAUAGAGUACAUAACUGAGUUAAUCGACGAAGAUCGCCAAAUUGAAAGGUUGAAGGAAAAACUAGCUAUGCGUUUUCGAGAGUCACACACGGAGAGUCAACGAAGUGAUAUUGUCUAUUGUGUUGCCCUACUAAACUGCAAAAAUGAGGAAGAUGAAGAAGACUUAUCGAUAAUAUAUGAAUUUCAUUAAGGAUGAAGUAUAAUUUGAUGAGGUAUAUCGAUCGUGAGAAAUUACUUUCAGUUUAACAAGUUUCACAGUAUAAAGUUUAAAUC